AUGCAUCGGUUUGUAGCUAAUGUGGCCAACAAAGCCAGGCUUGCUAGAAACUGCAGCCAACCGAUUAAUAGUAGUAGGCUGGGAUGGAGUCGUAACUAUGCAGCUAAAGAUAUUAAAUUUGGAGUUGAGGCCCGUGCUUUGAUGUUAAAGGGUGUUGAGGAUCUUGCUGAAGCAGUUAGAGUUACUAUGGGUCCUAAGGGACGUAAUGUUGUGAUUGAGCAAAGUUGGGGUGCUCCGAAAGUGACAAAAGACGGAGUUACUGUAGCCAAAAGUAUUGAAUUCAAGGAUAAAGUCAAGAAUGUUGGUGCAAGUCUAGUAAAGCAGGUUGCCAAUGCCACUAAUGAUGUCGCUGGUGAUGGUACUACAUGUGCUACAGUCCUCACCCGUGCAAUAUUUACUGAGGGCUGCAAAUCUGUUGCAGCUGGUAUGAAUGCAAUGGACCUUAGGCGAGGAAUUAACCUGGCCAUUGAUAAUGUUGUCACGAACUUGAAAAGCAGAGCUCGUAUGAUAAGCACAUCUGAAGAAAUAGCACAGGUUGGGACAAUCUCUGCAAAUGGGGAAAGAGAGAUUGGUGAGCUGAUUGCAAAGGCUAUGGAGAAAGUAGGGAAAGAAGGAGUCAUUACAAUUCAAGAUGGUAAAACUUUAUACAAUGAGCUGGAAGUUGUCGAGGGGAUGAAGUUGGACAGGGGAUAUAUAUCCCCAUACUUCAUCACAAAUCCUAAAAACCAAAAAUGCGAGUUGGAAGACCCUCUAAUUCUGAUUCAUGAGAAAAAGAUAUCAAGCAUUAAUGCUAUUGUGAAGGCAUUGGAAUUGGCAUUGAAGAGACAAAGACCACUUCUAAUUGUUUCUGAAGAUGUGGAUAGUGAUGCACUUGCUACUUUGAUUCUCAAUAAACUUCGUGCUGGAAUCAAGGUUUGUGCCAUUAAAGCUCCUGGGUUUGGUGAAAAUAGGAAGGCUGCUCUACAGGAUCUUGCUAUUUUGACUGGUGGCCAAGUUAUAACUGAAGAGCUUGGGUUGAGUCUUGAAAAUGUAGAAUUGGAUAUGCUAGGCUCGUGCAAAAAGGUAACAGUAUCAAAAGAUGAUACAAUCAUCCUCGAUGGUUCUGGAGAUAAGAAGGUUAUAGAGGAGAGAUGUGAACAGAUACGGUCUGGAAUUGAACUUAGUACCUCUGAUUAUGAUAAAGAGAAGUUACAAGAGAGGCUAGCUAAGCUUUCUGGUGGUGUGGCUGUUUUGAAGAUUGGAGGGGCUAGUGAAGCCGAAGUUGGUGAGAAGAAAGACAGAGUUACGGACGCUCUAAAUGCGACCAAGGCUGCUGUUGAAGAAGGAAUUCUACCUGGUGGAGGUGUUGCUCUACUUUAUGCAUCCAAAGAAUUGGAGAAGUUGGAAACAGCCAACUUUGAUCAGAAGAUUGGUGUCCAAAUUAUUCAGAAUGCUUUGAAGACGCCAGUGCAUACAAUUGCCUCCAAUGCUGGAGUAGAGGGUGCUGUUGUUGUUGGCAAACUGUUGGAGCAGGACAACCCCGAUCUUGGUUAUGAUGCCGCAAAAGGUGAAUAUGUCGAUAUGGUGAAAGCUGGAAUUAUUGAUCCACUGAAAGUGAUAAGAACAGCCUUGGUAGAUGCUGCGAGCGUUUCUUCCCUUCUCACAACAACCGAAGCUGUUGUAGUAGAACUUCCCAAGGAAGAGAAGGCAGCCCCGGCAAUGCCUGGCGGCAUGGGUGACAUGGACUACUGA